ACAGCAGUUAACACCCAUCACCAUUCAAAAUGUCUUCCAGUUUACAAAAUAUAAAGCCGCUGUAAGAUAUUUUUUGAUUGAAAUUUUGAAAAUAAGAUGCUAGGGAUGAGAAAGUAUAGUGUUAGACUAAUAAUAUGUACGUAGUAGUCGAAAAUCGGUUUUAAAAAGGCAUUGUAAUUUGAGGUUUGUUAACGUUUCUCGGAUCAAAACAAGAAUGGCGAUGUACGGAAAUAGCAUCAGUCGUCCUCAACAGAAUAUGAAUAUUUAUCAAAGACGAAAUCCUACAGGAAAAAGUAAGAGGCAUCUUCAAAAGGAAGAAGGAAUAAUGGCUCAAAUGAUGUAUUACAUGUCAGAAGCAAGGCUUCGUAGUAAGAUACGAAAGAUCAACGAGGCGUUAGAAGAAGACCCUGUCGAUGUCCAGACACUUGGAAACCUGGCCAUUUCUCAAGAUGGUCUUAUUACGAACGACUUAAGAAGACGGGUGUGGCCGAAACUAUUGAACGUUAAUGUAUUUGAUGUGUYUAUGUCCGCUAAAAACAAAAAAGAUACUAAUGAAAUAAAUCAGUUCAAGGCAAACAAGUACUGGAAUCAAGUUAAUCUUGAUGUUGAUAGAUCACAUCGAAGAUUCCCACAUGGUAAGAACACAUUUCCUUCAACUGCACAACUAACUAAUAUUAUAAUGAGAGUCUUAUGUAAACAUACUAAUUUACACUAUUAUCAGGGUUACCACGACAUUGCCGUCACAUUACUGUUAGUGGUUGGCGAAGAUUUAGCUACUGCAUURUUAGAAAAAAUAUCACUUCAUCAUCUUAGAGAUUUUAUGGCCAUUACCAUGGAGAAGACCACCAAAAUGUUAUCAUUUAUGCACCCGAUUAUUAACGAAGUUGACCCUGAACUUGAGGAGUUCCUUAUAAGAUCAGAAGUUGGCCAGAUGUUUGCUCUUAGUUGGUUAAUCACAUGGUAUGGUCACGUGUUAAAAGAYUUUGAAACCAUAGUUAGACUAUAUGACUUCUUUCUAGCGACACACCCUCUCAUGCCAGUUUACUUUGCMGCAGCUCUCGUUAUUGACAGACGGGAGGAGAUAUUACUAGGUGAAUGUGAGAUGUGCUUUAUUCAUCACAUGUUAUCCAAGAUCCCUGAAAACUUCCCUUCUAAAGUAGAAGAACUUGUAGUUUCAGCUAAAUUUCUAUUCGAUAAAUAUUCACCUGAAAAACUAGCCAGCGCUGCAGAAAAAUACCUUAAAGAGAGUACUGCUAUAGCUAAACACACACAGUUCAUAAAGGAGCUGGGAGACCAAAGACCGGRCUCUGUUCUCCGUGAACGACGUAUCAAGAGAUCAAAACAGUUACAACCUUACCAAAGCCCUGCGGCAGUCAAUACUGAAUCAACAAAUCCAUAUGUCAAGCUUGCUGUGUGGACAUUAACUGCGUCGUUAGGAACUGUUGCACUUUAUGUAUUAAGCUCGGCAAAGAGGUGGAUUUGAUGGAUGUGAAAUGGAGUGCUCUGCAAUAUUACAACAUUACAUUUUCCCUUCACUGUUAUACUCUUUUAACUCAACAUCGAAAAAUUAAUAAUUUUACAACAGAGAUUGAAAAUAACUGAAAAUACAAUCUUGUACAAAAUUGUACACUGGUUUAUGUUUGAGAUUCUGGAUGAAGGGAACCAUGUUGUGAAUCAUAAUAAAGAAAGGCGGACAUGUAGAACAGUUACUGGAAUUACCAAGAUACUUUGAACCAAAGAAWGCAAGCUGUCAUAUGAAGCAGUUUAAAAGGCAGUGUGUUCGUACAUGUACUCAAAUAUUGUUAUAAAAAAUAUGCAAUAUAUACUCAUUCGGCCUGGAAAUGUAAAGUUGGAGUAUACAGUWGACWAAGRARAAUAAUGGUGGCAUGGAUUUGAGAACUAUUAUUGGAACAUAUGCAGCAAAAUUGUUGAAGUACAUGUAUGCAAAUGUUGGAGUAUACCGUAGACAAAGGAAAAUAAUGGUGGCAUGGAUUUGAGAACUAUUAUUGGAACAUAUGCAGCUACGUUGUUGAAGUACAUGUAUGCAAAUGUUGGAGUAUACCGUAGACAAAGGAAAACAUGUAUUUGAGAACUAUUAUUGGAACAUAUGCAGCUACGUUGUUGAAGUACUGUACAUGUAUGCAAAUGGCUGUGCCAGAAAAAACAUAUGUUUCUAUGGAAACAGACAAAACUUCAUACACCCAUUCAAUAAAAGUGUAUACAGUUGAAGUAUGUGAAAGGCUGGAUCAGGACGAUCUGUGACGUGUGCUUGAGAUUUAUGUCUAUGAAAUGACUAUGGCUAUGGUAACAUCAAAAAAUUUUACACUUCAUACACCCAUUCAACAAAAGGUUUUACAGUCGAAGUAUGUGAAAGGCAGGACC